UUGUCUCUGACUGGUUAGGUUCGAUGGAUCUAAAUAAAACGUAUUUGUUUUAUUCUCUUUACUGUGUAUUUUUAAUCGAACGUCUGUUAAAGUUUGUCAGCGUUAUUAUUCAUGUGUAAAUUGUUGUCCAGACCUCUGCUUAACAUAGCACACAGACGGUGCUGUGACUGUGUCUUUUCACAGCGCUGUUGAGCAUAGACCAAUCACAGUCGUUUGCGAUUACUAGAACAUAUUUUUUUAUAUAUAUAAAUAAUUGUAGAGAGAUUGCUUUCGAAAUUGUCACAAAAAGGAAGAUGUGCACUUUAAAUUUCGAGAAAUAACCUCAGUUGUGUGACGUAAAUAAAAAAAAUCGAGUUUUUGAAAAAUUAUAAACUCUGUACGUGUGUUUUUUUUUUUCUCAGGCGGAAACACACGAGCUGUUGUGGAGCUGUUAGCAGCUUUAGCAUCAUAUUACAAUCAUAAUUCAGCGACAUACCAACACAUGUUUGACUGAUAUAUUUACGAUAUUCAUACUAAAGCUCAUACUCGACGAGUCGGGCUUAAUGUUUGUCAUUUAACUUACUGAAGUAAACUUAAGACAGAGAUUCGUGACUGGCAGCCCGAGCUAACAGCUAAACAAGCUCAAUGUGCUAAAAACAACUUAAACUCUUUAUUAUUUUUACAUUAUACUUUCAUUGAUUGUAAGUUUGCGAGUGUCUUUUUUAAAGCCCUAUAAAUGAGCAGCAUUAACUGAUCAGUUAUCUGCUUUAAAUCCGAAUGUUUGUGAUAAAAUGGAUCUUUUAAUUCAUCAGUUCAUCAAUAAAAUGAACAACAACAUAAGCAGACUGCAUUAUAACUCAUAUGAGGAUGAUUCAGGGACAUCCAGGGUUCAUGUGCUGGACUCAGGACCUCCACCUGUGAGCCCAACCAAGAGAAAACACCACGAUGACCACGACUCGGAUGAAGAACACAUGAACAAAAUGAGCCGCUUACUGGCGUCACAUCUGAGAAAUCCUAAUGGUGACACUGUGAUUCAGGAAUCAUGGAAUCGCAGUUCAUUUGAACACACAUCUCUCAGUGGUCUUCAUAAUCAUCAUGUGUUUGCGCCAUUCCCCAUAUUUGCAAUGGAGCAGCCACUUGCAUUGACCAAACAAAGCUCAGAUUUGACCAGAAGUACUCGACUCUCACCUGGACCCAACACACAGCUCCAGCAGAAUCGUCCUUCUGUGAUCACGUGUGCUCCUGCGAGCAGCCGCACAUGCAGUCUGUCCAGCUGUCACAUGUCUCCUAACAGCUGCAUCUCUGGAUCCACCAACAAGACCAAUGCAAACACUGUGUGUGACCCUGUGAUCGAGGAGCACUUCCGCCGCAGUCUAGGGGACAUCUAUAAAGAGCCAGAGCCCAGCUCUAACUCAGUGUCCAUCACAGGCUCUGUGGAUGACCACUUCACUAAAGCGCUGGGCGACACCUGGUUACAGAUCAAAGCCAGAGGCCACGGCCCUACAACCCCACAGCCCAAAUCAUCCUGAGGGCUGAUGUUAAAACCUGUCUAAACACCUUAAGAUGACCCAUGAUGAUGGCAACAACUUGAAAACAGUUGGGCCUUUAAGAAGGACCCAUGAGUUUAGUUUGAAUGACAUCAGAGCAGUGUUAUGUGGAGUAUAUAUGGUGAGACUACAUAAGCCUUUAGGUUUUACAGAUCAAAGUGAGACUAUUAUCAUGUUGCUUCACCCUGUUUGAUUUGUUUCAUGUUUGAUUUGUGAUAGUUAUAAUCUGCUAGACAGGUUGAAAAUAAUUUCCUCCUGCAUUUAUGAAUCCAUCAAGUGCUUUUAACCAACAAUGUCCAAAGAUUGAUCUAAUAAUUCACCAGCUCACAUUUGUUGGGUCAUCAUUCAAAGAAAUGUGCGGUUUAUAUUUCACACCACAAUCACAUAAAAGAUAUGAUAUAUAUUUCACAUAAAAUAUAUGAAGCCUAUAUUUAUGACCAUAAAGUUUUUUUUGUUUUUUUUUCCCGCAUUUGCUCUAUGAAAAUUAAGCAUGUUUUACCAGCCAUCUCAUUAAAUGCUAAAAAAAAAAAUAGGCUUUAUAAUUUUUCAUAAUUUAUUUCUUUUGAUAUCUUUUGGUAUUGGGGUGAAAUAUGACCCGUGCGUGCUUUUAACGUAUUUCACGACAUUCACCACUUUUUCUUUCUUUAAUGCAUGAUGUUAAAACUUUAAUAGCUGGUAUCUAUUGUAGACUUUAUUUACACUCUUUACUCAGAUUAUCUUUAUUUUUGUCAAGUAACCGACUGCUGGGACAGUGAACUCGUUAUAUUUUUAUAACACGAUAAGUCUAAGCAGCUGGCUUGUAGGUGACUGAGUGAUAUGAACACCUGCUGAUAGAUUAUCCAUAUAUCAAUGCCAAUGAAGACGUUUAAUGUAACUGCACUGACCUGAGCGUGAAGUGUGUACACUGCCUCUUUACAUGACUCUUGACGAGUCAUUCGUUUGUUGGCUUAUUUGGUCACUAUAUAUAUAGAUCUUUUUUCAUACAAAAUUAAUUUCAUCUAAGUAGAUUUUGAACCCAUUUAAUGCGAUCAGUACAGGCAACAGAUCGCUCUGUUCGAGUUACCUGUCCUAUGCAUUCAUUUCGUUACAAUAUCAAAUAUACUUUUCUGUUUUUAUAGCUCUGAAACAGUCGUGUGCUGCAGCAUAUGGACUGCUUUAUAAUGUAAAUGCUGUCAUAUGUGUUUUAGUUUUGUGACUGAUUCUAUUUCUGCUGUUUACUAACAGUCACUCAUCUUUUGUAUUUUUCUUUUUGCCUUUGAGAUGCAAUGGCGCUUUUAUGUUUUCCUUUGGAAUAUUAAUGACCAUCAUUGCGCCGUGCGUGAUGAAUACGCAGUUUUAGUUACUCGUAUUACUAUUUAACUGUCAUUAACCAUUGUGCAUGCUAAUCUAUUUCUCCUUUGUAGUGUAUGUGUCAGAUGUUGAUUUAAUACUGAUACAUUAAUACGAUCAUGUUUGAAGCCGUCUGAGAUUGCUACACUGACCAAAUUAAUGUUGAUACGUGUGGCUGUGCCUUCCAAUGCUACAUUUAUAGAGGAAAAUCUCCUUUGAAUGUGAGAUUAGUUUGUAACUGUUUUUCUUUGUCUUAUUUCUUAAAAAUACCACUUUUAUAUUUUUUACAUUAAAUAAAACCACCUCACAGC